ACUUACCUGCGUAUCAGAAGUCCAGAAACUUGUGUAACCUUAAGAACUGACUGGUGUGCCACGCAUGGGAAAUGCAGCGCUGUGUUACAUAAGUCUCUGCAAUCUGGCUGUAACUCCCAGAGGCCUGAGAGUGAUGGCAGGUCAGCAGUGUUUCCUGAGUGCCAACUGUAUGCCAGGCGCUUGUGAAGACAGAUUACGGUGCAGGGGCCCUAAGGAGCUCAGUGCCUUAAGAGACAUCUUAAAAGACAUCUGUGUAAAUAACCACAGACAACACGUGUUAGAGUGCAAGUUCCACAUUGCAGUGUGAUAGGUAAUCAGCACCGGGACUGUGGGGACUAAGUUCGCCUGUAUCCAGCGCUCAGGAGGUGAUGAUAGAAGGAUUAGAAGUCAAGGCCAGCCUUGGCUACAUGAAACUUGUCUCAAACUACAUGAACCAGUGCCCAAAUCCCCUUGACUACCUUUUAAGGUUGUCACAAAAUGAGAUACCCCAUGUUUCCCCAUGCAUCGAAGAGUCUGGGCAGAGACUGGAUGACUCCGUGGGAGGAUCUGCAAAAGUGUUGUUGGAGCAGACAUAUUUCUAGUUGCAUGAGGUGGCCUGGACACCCCUCACGUGUUCCUUACCCAUACUUGAGCAGCAGGCAUUUCUCUCUGAAUUGGAGGCCAUCUUGUUUGUUUGCAUCCAGAACUCAAUUUCAGUGCUGUACUUGGAGAUCUGACCGCCUGAGCCAGACAUCCUUGAUUCAUCUCUCUAGUUACGUCAUGGACUCUGAGGGAAAUGAGCCUUCAUCCAAACGAAGAAAACUCCAAGGCACGAUAAGAAGGAAUUGGGAAUACUUAUGCAGUCAUAAUAGAGAAAAAAGUAAGAUCCUAGAAGACGGACAUGCUGACCCCCAGUGUGAAGACAGUGAGAACAAGUUUGACUUCUCAGUGAUGUCCUAUAACAUACUUUCCCAGGAUUUGUUGGAAGAUAACUCCCAUCUAUAUAGACACUGCCGACGCCCAGUGCUGCACUGGGGCUUCAGGUUCCCUAAUAUUCUGAAAGAAAUCCAACAUUUUGAUGCAGAUGUACUUUGUUUGCAAGAAGUUCAAGAAGAUCACUAUGGAACAGAAAUCAGGCCAAGUUUGGAGUCAUUGGGAUACCACUGUGAAUAUAAGAUGCGGACGGGAAGGAAACCUGAUGGCUGUGCCAUUUGCUUCAAACAUUCCAAAUUUUCACUCCUAUCUGUGAACCCAGUGGAGUUCUACCGUGCUGAUAUUCCUCUGUUGGACAGAGACAAUGUUGGAUUAGUUUUACUCUUGCAGCCCAAAAUUCCCUGUGCUGCCUCUCCCUCGAUCUGUGUGGCCAACACACAUCUGCUGUAUAACCCAAGGCGAGGUGAUAUUAAGCUGACCCAGUUGGCAAUGCUGCUGGCAGAGAUUUCCAGUGUGGCCCAUAGGAAAGAUGGUAGCUUCUGUCCUAUUGUCAUGUGUGGUGACUUUAAUUCAGUUCCUGGUUCUCCACUCUAUAGUUUCAUAAAAGAAGGAAAAUUGAAUUAUGAAGGACUUGCAAUAGGAAAGGUAUCUGGCCAGGAACAGUCUUCACGGGGACAAAGAAUUUUAUCUAUUCCAAUUUGGCCCCCAAACCUAGGUAUCUCACAGAACUGUGUGUAUGAGGUACAGCAGGUACCAAAAGUAGAAAAGACAGAUGGUGAUCUCACUCGAGCACAGUUGGAGAAGACGGAGGUCCUAGUAGCAGAUGAAAAAUUGACCUCACGAUUGCAGCACCACCUCAGCUUGUCAUCUGUGUACUCACAUUAUUCUCCUGACACUGGAGUUCCAGAAGUGACUACCUGUCAUUCCCGAAGUGCCAUAACUGUGGACUACAUUUUCUACUCUGCGGACAAGGAGAGUGCUGCUGGGAGUCCAGGAGCUGAAGUUGCUUUGGUUGGUGGCCUGAAACUGCUAGCUAGGUUGUCACUUCUUACAGAACAAGACCUAUGGACCAUUAAUGGACUUCCCAAUGAAAACAACUCCUCAGACCACCUGCCUUUGUUGGCAAAGUUCAGACUGGAGCUCUGACUCUUGGCUCAUGCACAGACUCUUCCUCCCAAUUCAUGUUCUCUUUAGAGAAUGUGGAGUUACCAUAAGGGUUUGUUAGUUUUUGUGCUCUGGAUUUCUGAAAUUCGAUUAUAUGCUUGAAACAUAUCAGAAGAAACAAGUUUACAAGGUUUUUAGGAAUGAAAAAAUAUUUGCCUGGUAUUUAAGAUAUAAAUACUCUUUUUUAAAAGUUAUUUUUAUUUUGAGAGAGAGAGAGGCAGAGAGAGAGAGAAUGGGCAUGCCAGUACCUUCAGCCUGCUGUGAA